AUGUCCUCCCAAAACGCAGGCCGCCAAUCCCCCCCUCCGGAACGCCAAUCUGGUAUCCAGCAGCAGGACCCUCCAUCCAGCGGCAAGAUCGGAGCUUCAUCCUCCCAACCAGCACCCGAGUUUGCGCAGCAAGAAUCCGACCGAUCGAAGAGUGAGACUUUGACGAGUAACCCCGAGCAUCCGUUGGAGAAGAUCGAGGCGGCGAAGUACAAGAAGGGACCCGGGAAUUAA